AGGAAUUGGCCUUGGAAGGGCGGGAAUUCGAAACUACCUACUCACUUGGGUAAGUAAUACGUGAUCUUUUACAUCAGUGCUUGGCUACUACCUCGAACACUGUUCCGUGUGAUGCAUCAUUAUCAUUAUAAAUCGCCUACGCCCGAGGUGCUUCUCUGUCCGGAGUCUUCGCCGCCAAGCUCGGGCCCGGCUCCGGCCUGCGGGGUUAGCCCGACUCUAGCCCUUCGAUGCCGAUCGCUCCUCGCUGUUUCAUGCCCGAGAACCGGAGCGGGACAAUCAGAUAGCCUUCUAAUUGAGUCGUGCCCGAUUCACAUUUAAGAAGCAGGCAUGUCCCCCACUCGAAUCGCAGCAAGACAAGCUUUUCCAGCCCUUCUUCAAACAGCCUCGAGCACCCGCACAGCACUACGACCUAGUAUUCCCCGCCCCCUGUCACGCCCACGACACACCAUGUCUGCCACUCCCGUCUUCACCAAGAACGCAGCACCGCCUGCCGGCCCUUACAGUCAGGCCAUCAAGACCCCCACUGCUAUCUACUGCUCGGGCCAGAUCCCCUGUGAUGCCGAGGGCAACCUUAUCGAGGGCACCAUCCAGCAGAAGACUGCCGCCUGCAUCUCCAACCUCAAGGCCGUCCUCGAGGAAGCUGGCUCGUCCAUUGAGAAGGUGGUCAAGGUCAACGCCUUCUUGACCGACAUGAGCAACUUUGCUGCCAUGAAUGAGGAGUAUGCUAAGUGGUUCGUUCACAAGCCGGCUCGCAGCUGUGUCGCAGUGAAGCAGCUCCCCAAGGGCGUCGACGUUGAAAUUGAGUGCAUCGCGCUUCCGUGAGAAUCAGGGAAAGCCACCAGUGAAGAAGUUAAAAAAAGAGAAUGUCAUAGCAACGACGAAUAC